AUGAAUUUCUUUAAAAAGGCUCCUACUGUAAAAGAACAACAAAGGCAAAAUGAUCGAGAACUUCGUAAAGCUGGCAGAGAUUUAGAGAGGGACAAAGUGGCUCUAGAAAGAGAAGAAAAAAAAUUGGAAAUGGAAAUAAAGAAGAAUGCAAAAGAGGGAAACAAUGAAGGUUGCAAAAUUCUUGCUAAACAGUUAGUUCAACUGAGAAAGCAAAAGACGAGGAUAUAUUCUGCUAAUAGUAAGAUAUCAAGCGUUCAAAUACAUAAUAAAGCAAUGGGUGCUAACAUUGCAAUAGCUGGAGCAAUGGGAACAACUGCUAAAACAAUGGGAAAUAUCAACAAAGUGAUGAAUCCACACCAGAUUGCUAAAGACAUGGAAGCCUUCAAACAGGCUAAUGCCAAGAUGGAUAUGACAGAUGAACUAAUUUCAGAGACACUUGAUGAUAUUAUGGAUGAGUCAGGAGACGAACAAGAAACUGAAGGAAUUGUAAACCAAGUUCUUGACGAGAUUGGUAUUGAAAUAAGUGGAAAGAUGGCUGAUGCCCCAUCUGUGUCUCGCAACAAAAUUGCGUCUACUGCAGAUGCCGAUAAAGAGCUGAUGGCACAGUUAGCUAAACUAAAAUCU